GAACCAACAUCUGCGAGUACACCCUCCUCCGUAUCAUCGUGGCAACCAGCACCGGAGCUGCACCAUUCCUUGUCAACAGGAAGUGGAGGUGCGUCAGGUUUCCUGGCAGAGAUAAAGGGACAUAACAAGGAGAAUGAGGAUGUGGGAUUUAUGUCUAGUGACUCCUCUAGUAGUUCAUCGAGUGAUGAAUAAAAUGUGUAAUAUUUAUUGUCA